UGUCUCUCCUUUUCUGCACGGCAUGGAAAGUGUUUUCCAUGUGCUCAGUCGUGCUGUGAACGUCUUUAUUUAGCCAUAAAAUGGGCAAGGCUAGUAAAAUCAAAAUCGGAAAACAGCGCCGCAAUGUACCUUUAGACGAGCAGCUUAAGGAGGAGGUGUCGGCCAGAAAAGCCAGAGUGAAGUCGAGGAAUAGAAAGGAUGAAGACGAUCAGUUUGUAGAUGACAAGCUCACGAAGAAGAUUCUAGACCAGGCUCGCAAACAGCAGGAGGACCUGGAAGAAGAGCAUGGACUCCAAUCCAGCUCGGCUGGAGUCAAGUUCAAGGUGCCUGAUGCCAAGCCUCGACUGCUCAACAAGGGUGCGUCAAGUGAUGACGAAGAUGACUAUGAGGAGCCUCCUGAAGAUGACACAUUUUAUGAGACGAUUGAAGUGGAUGAGGCGGAUGAGAAGGCACUCGAGUUAUUCAUGAACGAGAACAGCAAGUCUCGGCGCACAUUGGCCGACAUUAUCAUGGAGAAGCUCAAGGAGCAUGAGACAGAGGUGGCCACGCUAUUUUCGGAUGCGGGCAGUGUGCAGAUGGCUGACUUGGACCCCAAGGUUGUGGAGAUGUACCGUGGGGUAAAAAAAGUGCUGAGUCGGUACCGCUCUGGCAAGCUUCCCAAGGCAUUCAAGAUCAUCCCUGCGCUCUCCAACUGGGAACAGGUGCUGUACCUAACUGACCCUGACUCAUGGUCAUCAGCUGCGAUGUACCAGGCAACUCGUAUUUUCGCUUCAAACCUCAAGGAAAAGAUGGCUCAGAGGUUUUAUAACCUUGUCCUGCUGCCACGUGUGCGAGAUGACAUAGCCGAGUAUAAGAAGCUCAACUACCACCUGUACCAGGCCCUGCGCAAAGCCUUGUUCAAACCAGGUGCCUUCUUUAAGGGGAUCAUACUUCCUUUGUGCGAGUCGGGGACUUGCACUUUACGCGAGGCCAUCAUCGUGGGCAGCGUGUUGAGUAAGAACUCAGUGCCCAUGCUGCACGCUUGCGCGGCCAUGCUGAAGAUUGCGGAGAUGCCCUACACGGGUGCCAACUCGAUCUUCCUGCGGCUGCUCAUCGACAAGAAGUACACCCUGCCCUACCGGGUCAUCGAUGCAGUCGUGCAUCACUUCCUCAAGUUCGAGCGGGAGCAGCGGGAGCUGCCAGUGCUGUGGCAUCAGUGCCUGCUGAACUUCUGCCAGCGCUACAAGGGCGACAUCUCAUCAGAGCAGAGAGAGGCCCUGUUGGCGCUGCUGCGUGCCCAGCCCCACCACACCAUCACGCCCGAGAUACGCUGGGAACUGCAGCAUGCCACCUGCAGGGACGUCGAGGUGCCCAUGCCGCAGGAGGGGGAUUCUGCUACCACCAUGGCCAGCGGAGAGGGAGGCCCAGAAGAAGAACCUGCAUCCGACAUGGUCACGUGAUGCGGGGCAGUGGGUUUAGGAUAAUCUAAGAUAGCCUGCCUAUGAUGUGGUGUACAAUAAAGCUUGUUUGACGCAA